GAUGAAAAUGAUAAAGUGAUUGAAGGUACAACUUCAUAUGUAGAAACAUGGAAAGAAUUAGAAAAAUUAGUAGAAGAAGGUUUAUUAAAAUCCAUUGGAUUGUCAAAUUUUAAUAAGAGACAAAUUGAAGAUAUUCUGAGAAUUGCUAAAAUUAAACCUGUUACAAAUCAAGUUGAAUGCCAUCCAUACUUAAACCAAAAGAAAUUAAAAGAAUUUUGUGAAUCCCAUGGUAUAUAUUUAACAGCUUACAGUCCUCUUGGAUCUCCAGAUAGACCUUGGGCUAAACCAGAUGAUCCUUCACUUAUGGAUGAUCCAAAAAUUAUUGCAAUUGCCAACAAAUAUAAAAAAAGUCCAGCCCAAAUUCUCAUUAGGUAUCAGGUUCAAAGAGGAGUUAUAGUUAUUCCAAAAUCUGUGACUAAAAGUCGUAUUGAAUCAAACUUUGACAUUUGGGAUUUUAUGUUAGAACAAACAGAUAUGGACUUAAUUGAUACAUUUAAUUGUAAUGGUCGUGUUUGCCAUUUAAUAUGGAAUAAACAUAUGAAGGAUUAUCCAUUCAAUGAUGAAUUUUAAGUGCACUGCAUUCGUCAAAU